GCCGUCGGCGAUGAAGAGACGCCCGAUGAGGUCAUCCACCUCGCAGCUGGCCUACAGUUUUCAGGGUUCAAGAGUGUGAUUGGCACGCUGUGGGUGGUCGAUGACGAAGUCGCCAAGCACGUUGUUGAAGUGUUCUACGAGAAUAUGUUCAAGGAUUUGAAGGAUGGUGUCUUGGACUGUACGAAGGCAGCAAAAGCACUCAAUUAUGCUACGCAUGGGGUGAAGAAGUUGGUGCCGCUCGAGCAGAGGAUUGUUUUCAUUCACAUUGGUGUGUAG